AUCGAUCGCCGUUUACUGUUCAACUGUGUUAUUAUAACUAAAUACAUUGGGUUAGUAAUGUUCUUGAGUUGUUAAUUAUUAGUGUGGCUACGUUAAUAAUGAUUAAACAAUAAUAUUUGUAUGGAUAACGCUACAUUUACCUCCCCCUUUAGAUCAGACUACAAUAACAUAAAAUCAUCAACCCCGAAACUGUACUUAUAUUUAAAAAUGCUUAUAAACUAGGUACAUUGUUCGGGUGGCACGACACUCUUUGUUCACAUUUUUUUGUUAUUAUGUUACGCACUUUAAGCUAAACUGACACUUAUUGCGGGUACCGUAGCGAUGAAGCCGCUCGUAGCGUUGUAUGACCGCGAAUAACACGCGAUCGUCUUUAGGUGCUGCGAUGCGGUGUUUGCAGUAACGCCAAAUAAUAAUGUAGGCUCAGCGUUACAAUAUGUUGACGGUAACCUUUAUUGAUGGCAACGACGUAGGUACAAUAUAAUGUCGUUGGUUGAUGGAGACAUUUUGUAAAAAAUUGUGAUUGUUUCAUGUUGCUUGGCACUUGCUUCGUGAUUUGCGUUAUUCUGCGCUAUAAUGAAACAUGCUGCCUUGUUUAUAGCGUCUGUAGAUACAAAGUGCAGAAUGUGACUGAGACGUGCGAUGAGUGAAUGGACGCGUAGCUGCUCGCCGGGCUGGUGGUUUGUCUUGUAGCGAUUUCAGUAUCCCUAUGGAAUGUCAAUUGUGGGUUUCAAAGGCCGGGUCUUGUUUUAACAUCUGGCUCGGCGCGGCGUAACGGAGAUAUUGUGUUCUUUGUUGGGUUCUUUUGUUUCUCUGCUCCCUGGGUUUGAGACUUCCAUUUCGCCGGCAAUUAAUACUUAAACGGGUUUUAGUAUACCUGCGGCCCAUAGGGGUUUUUUUUAUAGGUGUCUUUGGCGUUCGGCGUGUAUGAAUAUUCGGCGAUCUAUGAUAGGAGACGUACCGUAGCUCAUAGACUGUAGAUAUCUCGUCGAUCCACUUUGUCGGUUUGAGAGACGAGAUUGAUAGUCUUGAGUGAUUAGUGAUUAAUAUAUGAUGAUGUACGUGUCCUGGUGAUGAUCGCAUGCUGGAUAAGUGAACGUCCGGUUGAUAGUGAUUAUGAUGUCGAUGUUGGGGCACGCUGGUUUCAAUGGCACUUGUCGUGAAUGAUGUCACGAAAAUUAAUAGUAAUAUCGAGGAGGGCCCAGAGGAGCUCAGAGGAUAGCAUUCAGCGUGGCCGAUAAAGUCAACAGGGUUGCCAAGUCUGAAGUCUGAGGUUCGAAGAAACCAGCUACGGUGAUAGAACCUCAGAUUAGGAGAGCAGUUUCAUGCGGAGCAGAUCAUAGAUCCUCGACACACCUACAAGCUGGGCAGUCUACUAAAAUAUAAAAAAAAUGGCAGUCAAGAAACAUCAGUUGGUUGCAGACAAAAGCAACCAACCAGAUUUAGCUGCACUUGCACAAUACUUUCAAUUGAUGAAUGAUCAAUCACAAUGCUUACCACCUCUUCAAGAAAUGAUCAAACAAUGCCACAAUAUUAUCCAGUGUCUUGCACGCACUGCCGGCACCGCUGAUCAGUUGUGGCACCUACUGCAACCUGUUGAACAUUUCUUGCUUCGUUGCGUCAAUUCUGUCUAUAACAAUGUGCGCCACGAAGUUUUCAGAACAAUUCUCGACAAAUUUUAUUCAUACAUUAGUGAUCCAGAAUCCAAUGCGUGUCCAGCCACAGCUGCAGUUUUAAUCAUUAUUGAUGAUUCGGACGAGGAUGAGAUUAUGUCAUCAACCAGGUUGCUGGUUGAACAAACCGAGAACGGGCCAGCUGGGCCAAGGUUUCAUGCUGCUCUCUCUUGCCUUUACCGCUGGCUGCAUGACUGGCAUUGCACACCCACUCUCGGAUUUUGGAUUUUAGCUUACAUUAAAGCUUUAGAAGAAAGUGCACAUCAUGAUAUUCUCAUAGAGGCGAGUCAAGAUUACCUGGUCAGCCUACUUUCAUGUUUGGCUCUCCAGAUACCUAUCCAUCAAGCUACCGCCAAUGUAAUUUUCCACGUGUUAGCCUCUCUGCGUGAAUCUGUGGAAGCUUUCGAUAGGAUCUCAUCAAUGGUGGGCGAAGUGCUAGUGCAUCUCGCUUCUGACAACGGCCAAUGGAGCCGGCAACUUCUUCAAGAUCUUGUGGACAUUUUGACCGUUAUGGUCGAGCGCAUCACUUGCUGUCUCAAGGAAGACGCACAAGAGAUGUUCCGAAAUAAAUAUGCCGAUGUGAUUUUGUGUUUGGAAAGGCACAUGGCGUCAAACGCUUCCAAAUACCUAAAUCUGCCCGCAUGGCGUUCCCGAAACGCUGUGUCCAGUGGCAAUAAUUUAGAUACCCAAAAGGUUGGCUUAAUUAACAUCGGGAAUACGUGUUACAUGAAUAGUGUCAUUCAAGCUCUACUAUACACAAGACAAUUUAGUUCUUACGUGGUGGCUAAAAGCUUGAACACCCCUUAUUGGGAAACAUUAGGAACUUUAUUUGCUCACAUGAUUUUUUCCAUGUCGAGCAAAAUCGAUCCUGAAAGGUUUUUCAGACAUCUGCGACCCGUGGAUUUUUCUGCAGACUCACAACAUGACAGCUCCGAAUUCUUAGGGUAUUUGCUGGAGCUAUUCAGGUCCUAUGAAAAUGCCACUUUAGUAAACCACGAUUACUCACGGCCUCCCGUGCUGAAUGGAGGCCCACGUAACCGCCUUUUACAACCUGGGGCCAGUGACGAACAGCAGACAGAGUCGGGUGAUAGUCGCCGAUCCACAUCACCGUGCCCAGGAAGUAGUGGUUCUGACUCCAGCGCAUUAAAACGGCCGUACGACGUAGAUCCAUCAGCUUUGCCGCCAAGGAAAAGGUUCCGUGUGCAAGAGCCGACGCGGCGAGGCUCAGCUAUCGAUAGCAUAUUUGGAGGCGUACAACUUACGCGUGUCCAGUGCGGCUCUUGCCAGUCUUCUUCGUUCUCCCGCGACUUGUUUCGUGAUCUGCAACUCGCGUUCCCAGAGAAGCCCGAGGGAAAGCAACACAGUGUCCAGAGUUUGCUCGACUAUUAUUUCUCUAAAGAGAGCCUGUGUGGAGAUAACAAGUACCAGUGCCGCGAAUGUGGCGACCUGCGCGACGCUGAAAGGAGUGUAGUUAUUGAAAAUACGCCGAAAUAUUUAAUACUAGUGCUGAAGCACUUUAAGGUUGACGUAAAGAACCUGAAGCAGACGAAGCUAAUGCACUAUGUGCAUUACAACCAAACGAUAUCGUUGCCGACUGUCCCCAACCAGGCGACCUCUGCUGCGUACACCGUUUACGCUGCGGUAAUACAUAAGGGAAGAACCAUUGACUCAGGCCACUACUAUACGCUCGUCAAGGACAAUGGCGAAUGGUUCAGCUGCAAUGACUGCAGUGUCAAAAAAGUUGAGGAAAACGCGUUGAACAAGCUCCAGCGACCGAGCACGCCGUAUAUACUGUUUUAUAGGCGAUUGGAUAUCGAGGAGCCACCGGCUCCUACAUUCGAGCAACUGCCGCGAAAUCUUAGGAUGGAGAUAUCGGCAACGAACAAAAUAUAUGUGGAGGCUGUACGGAAACUGCGAUCCGAUUAAUUUAAUGUUAGAUAAAAGUCUCAAGAAAAAGGCGAACGCUCGAACUAUAAUAAUAUAUAAUUUAGCCUAACGCGAAUUUACCAAAACACCUAUCAGUUUUGAUGAAUCCGCGUCCGUGAAGUAUACAGGGUGCUCGGGAGUAUUUCCCAUAACUCUGGGGUUAUAUUCUUUACCAAAAUUUAAUUUAAAAAGUUCAAGGAACGUGUGUUCUAAAAUUAAUAUUUUCGGGGUAAAUAAUAUUUCUUUUGUAAAUAGAUCUUAAAAUGUGUCUCUUAUACGCAUCCUUAUAAUUAUGACGUAGCCAAGUUUGACGUAUUUUAAAAUUGUAUUACAUGGAUAGUCAGAAUUAUUUGAAUUACUUUGUAUGACAAAGUAAAAAGUUUUUAUUUUGUAGUUUAAAAAAUAUUGAUAAUGCAUUUCGGCUCUUAUUGGUUUACUCGUCAACACCUUGAAGUUAUGGGAAAUACUCCCGAGCACCCUGUUUAUAUAGUUGUCUGUUUAUAUAGUUGUAGUAUUGACUUGCAUGAUUGCAGCCAGUAGGAUUAAAAUAUUAUGUGCAUUGUACAUUCGUCGUAUUAUAAUUUCCCUAUACUUGAUGUCUAAUAUCUGAAGAAAUAUGUAUGCUGCAGUUAAUAUGCUUUACUUCAUUAAAAUUGAUUAAGAACAACAAUGCUGUUGUUUAUUGUUAGUAAAUUUAAAUUAGUAAACGUUAUUUACUAUAGUGGGUAACUGUAAUGGUAGUAGUCAAAAAUAUGUCCUCGCCAUACCUACAAUGAAAGUAUUAUUUAAAUGUCAAAAUAUUUGGUAGUGAAUAUAUAUACCUAUAUAUAUAUAUGUUUAUCUAACUAUCUUGUAAUAUAGGUUAGUUGAUGUACAUAUUGUUAGUUUAAAAAAAGGAUAUAGAUAUACUAGCGGAGGCCCGCCACUUCAUCUGCGAUAAAUUAGUUUAAGCUUUCAUCCCCUUUUGGUCCCUAUUACGUUUAACAAUCUCUAAUAAUAUGUUUAAAAAAUUGACAGACUUUCAUAACAAAUUUCGAACUCCAUACAGGUAAAAUUUUCAAUUUUAAAAGGGCUGAAUUUCAAAAAUUAUUGAAUGACAUUAUUUUUCACAUUUAUUUAAUAUUUUAUGCACAAAUUUAGAAAACUAUAACUUUAAGAAUUUAGAACUUUGUUUCGCUCCAAGUUCCAGUUUGUCAUUGUACCAAAAAUCAUCUUGAUUGAUUCAGCGGCUUAGUCCAGAAAAGGUAACAGACUUACAGACAGACUUACUUUCGCAUUUAUAAUAUUAGUAUGGGUAUAUUUUGUUUCUUUUUGUGUACAUUAAAAAUAUGUACCUUUGAUAUUCACCUUAUAUUCCGUUUAUUUACCUUAGGUAUAAUAUUUUUAUUUACUGUCUACAUUUUUAUUUUCUUUAUUUUUUGUUAUAAUUAUUUUUUUAAUUAAUCAGGAGAAUUUAUUUCAUUUACUAGUAAAGUCAAACCUGUAUAGUAUUUCUUCCAAUUUAUAUAUAUAGCUUUGUUGUAGUAUAUAUUGUAUAAAAUUCAUCAUAAUAGUAUGUAAUACGUAAUAUUAGAGUAUAAUCAGUGGUGGUCAAGGUUGACCUUUAAUAUACCAAAGAUAAAAAAAUGUGCUACAUCGGAGUUCUAUACAUAGUUUAUAGUCUUCUUAUAGUCUUCUGUAAAAUGGCCACUGAAGUUCGAUACAUCUAGUGUGCCACAUCGAAUCGUCUUCGCAGCACUUAGUUUUCUUAUUGACAAUCGAAAAUGCGAAGAUAGAAAAAAAAACGAAUUCUUCUUUCUUGGCAUUUUAUGCAAAAAUGUACCUAGACUUAAUAUUGUGUUGAUUGUGCUGAUACUGUAUAAAAACUAGCUUUAAUUUUCUUUACUACAAGUGAAAUGUCAAUAAUGCUUUCUUUAUCUUACAGUUUACGUAUAACAAUUUUGUAGAUGAACAUGCGUGUGUUAGUUUUGAAAAUUGUAAAUGUAUAUUAUAAAGUGUAUUAGAUUACUAUAUAUUACACUAAAUACUACUGUUCGAUAUAACACGUAUGACGUGUAUAAGUUUUUUUUUUUAUUUCAUAGUUUAUUCCCAUCGGUGUCGUUGAAUAUCACAUCAAAUAUGCUAUGUUCACUAAGAAAUGUAGGUAUUGUAAAAACAUUUGUCUCAUUUAUGCGAUAUUUAUAUGAACUUACUACAUUUCUAUACUACUUUAUUUUUUUUUUACUGAGCCAGUAGCUUAAGCCAGUAGCAUAAUCCAUUUGUGAUUUUUUUUAUAAAAGCUGAUAAUUCUUACUGUACCUAACUUACCUAUACUCUUACUAUAGCAGCGUCGGAUUUGCCAUAGGGCGGUAGGUGGCAUUUUCUACAGGCCCCGCGUUCAGAUAGGGGCUCCGCGCCCGAGAGAAAAAAUAUGAAGGUCAAUUUUUGUGGGCAAUAUGGACAAUUUUUUUUUUGCAAACUGCAUAGUGUAAUUCAUCAAAUGAAAGAGGAUAUUAUAUACCUACAUAUUCCUAUGAGGAUAAUUUUAAAAUGAAUUGCUUUUGAGUUAUUCAAGUAUAUUUACUCGUACUGUUCAAGCUUGAUUCAAAUUGAAUCUCCGAAACUAAUAAUCCUAAAAUUUGAAAAAAAAAAAUACAGAAUAUAUUUUUAGAUUUCAAGAAAAUCUUGAACCUUCAAAUUUUUAAAUAUGAAUGUCAUUUUUGAGGGGAACAAGAUAAAUAAGAAUUUGUUUUUUUUUUAAUUUAAAAGGGCCUCUUGUUUAAAUUUGCUACAGGCCCCCCGCUAGCUUAAUCUGGCACUGUACUAUAGGUAUAGUACGACACAAAAGAGUAGAAAAUAAAUGAGGGCGAUGUUGUCACUUACUGUUGUUCAUAUGGUAAUCCUAUGUUGAGUCAUUACACUAUGGACUGCUACUACCUUGAUACUUGAUUGUAAUUGAUAUUUUGUUCUAUACGUAGGUAAUAUUAUGUUCUCAUUAUAAACUAGCUGACGCCCGCGAUUUUGGACCUCUUUAAUGCAACCCUUACAGUAGUAUCGCUGUAAAAAUGAAGUAACUCCUCCCGUUUUCCCAACAUUUCCCUUCACUGCUUUGUUCCUAUUGAUCGUAGCGUGAUGAAAAGUAUACUAUAACCUGCCCAGGAGUGUGAAGUAAUUGUAUCGUAAAAAUCCGUCGAGUAGUUUUUGUUUCUAUAACGAACAUACAGACAGAAAAUUUACUGAUUGAAUUUUACUACACUAAUUACCCCCUGAUAUUUUGGAAAUAUAUUUCAAGUACAGAAUUGACCUCUACAGACUUAAGUAUAAAUAAUGUAUAAGUAUAAAUAAGGUGAUAUGUUGAAAAUAUUACUAACUAAUUGAAAUAAAUUAAUAAAUGUAAUUGGUUGCUCUAAACUGACAGAUCUUUGGAUAAUGACAGUAAAUGUUUGUUAGUUACAUUUUUAUUAACUUCUACUCUUUUAUGUUACACUAUAAGUAAGGUACAUGAAGUUUGGUUCAUUAUUGAUUUAAAAUCAGCUAAAAUUCGAAUCAUCAAGAAAAUUAUAAUUACAAAGAGUAUAAUUUAAUAUGAUAUUUUUUUUAUUAAUUAUUCGUUGUAAUAUGAAAAGUCGUUUACUUAGUUGCUAGAAACAUGGCAUCAAGGAAUUUCGUCGUUCCACUUUGAAGUUUAUCUCUUGCCACGAAACCAAGUUUCUGGCGACUGAAAAUAGAAUCUGUCGCCGAAGAAAAUAUAACGAAAAUAUGUUUUUUUUUUUACCUGCAAUCUCCUAAUGCGACCGUUAUCCAGACUCGUUACUUAUCAUGCUUAUCUAUCAUAGGUAAAAGACGUUAAUAUUCUGUGGCUCGCUUCCUAACUAUUGAUGUAUUGUUGUUAGAUAGUUGUUAUAUAUAAUAUUGCUUUAAUUUGUUACACUUACUUUUGGUUAGAUAGACUGGAUUUUUUCUUUUUUACAUCUCAUCAAUUUUAUAUAAGUUACUUAGUAUAUCAAAAUUAAAUGAAUAAUCUGUGUAGUAAAAAGUAUAUAAUAUACAAGUUAAAUAGAUAUUUACAUUCGACAUAGCAAAAAAAAAAAUGUAUUUCUUUUUGUUUUUUUUUUUUCGACAUUUCAGAUGUAUUUUUUUAUAUACAUGUAAUUAUAGAAACAUGAUAUGUAAUUAAAAAUGUUUAAGAAUAUUUUUUUUCUUGAAUAUUAUAGAAGUUUAAGAUAAAGUUACGUUACGAUACGUUUUCCAUAAAAUUACUAAAUGUUUGUGACUUACACAAAUGUAAUAAAGUUUUCAAAAUUAA